AUGUCGUCCACACCGUCUACAUCCAGCCAAUGGCACGCGGUCACCCCUUCCACCCGCCCACUAUCGCUGAGCAUCCUCGAGCUCACACCGCUCGCUUUGACUCUCUCGCUCACGCUCGCCUCCCCCUUCGCCUCUUCCUCCUCUUCUUCGCCCUUACCUGGCAGCUCGUCCUCCCUCCAUCCACCUGGCUCCGCAUCCAAGCGUCGCAAACGACCACGGAAGACGGAAAGCGACGACGAAACCGCCGUUGACGUGGAGGACGAACACCGCGAGUCAUCUUACGCCGCGAGCUCGUCCACCCAUAUCCCCGGCAGUUGGCCCGCCGAGGUUGGACGCAGCUUCAAAGAUCUGCUCAGCCACGGUGUCGUCGUCAGUGUCAACGGCCAGCCGUGGUCUCGGAUCGUAGCGCACGCUUCUGAUCCAGAUCCGGACGAGAGCGAGGGGGACGAGGCGGAGGAUGAGUGGGAAGAGGACUGGGAACCGGCGGGUGGCAAGUCGGAUGAAGAGGGUGCGGAGGAAGGAUUAGGGGCGGAAGGUAUGCAAAGAAGAAGGCCAAGGCGGGCUAGGUUCACUAUGUCGGCGCAGAAUGCUGUGGGCGGGCCAAUAGCGAGGAGAAAGGAGGGGAGAAGGGGAAAGAUGGAGAGCGGAAAAGAUAGAGCAGUUGUGGUGGUGUAUGGCUUGUCGCCAGGGAAGGAGUAUGAGAUUGAGCUCAGAGUGGUCGGUAUGGGUGGUACGGAAAUUGAAGCAUCAGUCUCAAAUAGCGUUCUCAUCCCUCCAUUACCAGGAGCUAGCCUUCAUCCUCGGUCCCGCGCAAACUCCCUCCGAUCCCGCCAACAUCCCAGGUCCCGAUCGAAUUCGACCACCACACCCGCCCAGUCGUCCGAAAACACCACGCCAUCCCGCCGGGGCACUCCGCCACCGGGCAGCAGCCCUGCUGUCGAAGCCAUUGCGCCGACCCCUGUUCUGUCUGCCGUCGACACCCAGACCGCACAGAUGCGGCAGCUCGUCGCCUCCGCUGCGGUGGAGAAGGAGCACCUCUCGGCGCAGAUCAAGGAGGCGCGACGCGCGAGCCAGCGUGCCGAAGCGGCUCUACGGCAGGAGAUCGAUGCGGUCAAAAAGUCCACCGAGAAGGCGGGAUCGAUGGACCUGCGGGCAAAGCAAAAGGCACUGGCGUUGCAAGAACAGGUCAAGCAGGGCUGGGCCGGUGCCGAGGCUGCAGACAAGGAGACUGUCGGCGUUGAGGCGGGAAUGGGCGACCUCGAGGCAAAGCUGCAGGUCGCCAUGUCCCAGGUGGGCGUACUCAGGGAGGAGCUCGCUCGUGCUCGUGAAAGAGAGGAUGAGGUCCGUGAGAAGGAUAAGCGGAUGCGAGCGGAAGAGGAGAAAAAGCUCAGUGAGGUGGUGGGCAAGGUGGAAAAGCUCAAAGUCAAGAAGGAGCGGAAAGAGGCUGAAAAGAUCGAGCUGGAGCGGAGAAUCGAGGAUCUCGAGCGGCAGCGGGAGGACGUUGAGAGACACGCGGAGGAAGAGAAGCGGCGGAUCGCGUCUGGUCAUUGGGGGACGCAGGGGCACUGGGACGGACACCAUCACGAGGGGAUUGGACACAACCGCCUGAGCACGCACCCGAGCCUGAGCAAUAUCGGCGCUCAAGGAGGCUACGGAGCCGGGCCUGCCUAUAGGCCUCGCGGAGCACAGGGGUAUCAGCCCCGGUUCCCUUCCGCCGGAGCUGCCCGUCCGGGAUCUACCGCACCCCCGGCGUCCGCGCAAGCAAGCCCGACCAAUUUCUUUCCCCCGAUAUCGUCUGUCGCUUCCUUCCGACCCCCUCCACCUGGACCGCCUCCAGUCAAGAGCUCCACCGCCGUCUCGCCCGCUAUUGGCAGCCGUACCAUCUCCUCCACCAGCUCGGGCGUCAACGCAGCGGCCGCGCCCUUUGUACCGUCCCUAUACACCGGCAGCUCAAGCAGCAGCAGCGCCAACUUUGACGCAUUGCAUCACACCACCCUCAUGCCGCCUGGUAUGCAGCACCGGAUAUACCUCCCAUCCCAGUCGGCUCAGAACCAGUUUCAGAGCGUCCGACCGCGCCCUACCCCCACGUUCCACCCUCCUCCGUCGGUAUUGGCGGAACAGGCUGCGCACGCUCAAGCGGUGGCGAGAAACUCACCAACGACCACCUCAUCUCCCGCAUUCCCACCUCUUCCGGGCGCGUCCUCGCCGGGACAGACGGUCAAGGCGCCAUCGUCGGGGUCAGCUCCGCAAGCACCCGGUCCUAGUCUCGCUUCGAUCAUCACGCGAGCGGUACUUAGUCCAACCUCAUCCCUUGCGGCGCAGAAUAUGGCGGGCGGGACAUCAGCCAUGACCAUCCCCACGCAAGCCGGUCGGCGACCAUCACCACCUGCGAGUGUCGUCCUAGGCAGUGGAGGAGGAACGGCCAGCAACACGCUCAAAUCGCUCAACGCCCCGUCCUUCUCCCCUACCCACUCCCCCAUCUCUCCCAAUCCACCGCUCAUCAACCGGUCGUCCAGCCCAACACCGCCCUCCAGCCGGUCCAACUCUAUCCCUAUCGCACCGACGCAGCAGUCGCAGCCAUACUCUCUCGGCGGGAGAGUGACAUUCGCACCCCCUCCGCCUGCCGCGCAGGACUAUGAUUUCCCGCCUUUAUCGCCCUCGGGACCGUGGGCGAGCCUCAACCCGUCGAUAGGGAGCAGGGUGCGCGGGGAGAGCGGCGAUGCUGGACCCGUGGGUCCACAGGGGAAUGCAGCGGGUAUAAAUAGGACGCAGACGCCGCCUGCGGUAGCGUGGGGCGCGGGGGGAGAGAGGGUGGGGAGUCCGUUAGGAAUGGGAGGGGCAGGGAGUGCGGUGGGCUCUGGGCAGGGCAAGUAG